UUCAAUAUAAAUAAACCCCAGUACCUCUCACUUUUUAUUCAGAUUUCAAUAACAUUGUGAAACUUAUCGAUGGUGAAAAUGAGGUCUGGUUUUUUCUUGGUCAUGGCAAUGAUGUUUCUCAUUUCUUCAUUGUCUUCUGGUUACAAAUUUAACGUUGGUGGAAAAGAUGGUUGGGCUGUGAAACCCUCUGCAGGCUAUGCUAAAUGGGGUCAUUCACUAAGGUUUCAAAUCAACGACACACUUUAUUUUAAGUAUGAUAAAGCAUAUGAUUCAGUGUUGGUGGUGAAUGAAAAAGACUAUGAUUCGUGCAACACUAAGAAUCCGAUCAAGAAGUUGGAAGGUGGAGAAUCGAUUGUUAAUUUGGAUAGAUCCGGUGGUUUUUACUUCAUCAGUGGAAACGUUGAGAAUUGUGGAAAGGGUGAAAAGUUGACUGUUGUUGUUUUGUCUCCAAGACAAGGCCCCGGGCAUCAUGGUCCGGCAACAUCACCAUGGGUUGAACCAGUACACUCGCCUGCACCGUCGUGGAAAGCUCCGGCACCAGAAUGGAAGGCUCCCGCACCCGGUUAUAAGGCUCCAUCACCAAGUGCACCUGGAUGGGAGGCUCCAUCACCCGGUUGGACAGCACCCCCACCAGCAUGGAAAGCUCCGUCGCCCAGUUGGACGGCACCUACACCAGCAUGGAAAUCUCCCGCACCCGGUUAUAAGGCUCCGUCACCCAGUUGGACAGCACCUGCACCAGCAUGGAAAUCUCCCGCACCCGGUUAUAUGGCUCCUGCACCAAGUGUGCCUGGAUGGAAGGCUCCAUCACCCAAUUGGAAGUCUCCUUCACCAGGGUGGACUGCUCCAGCACCUGGUUAUAAGGCUCCAUCACCAAGUGCGCCCGGAUGGAAGGCUCCGUCACCAAGUUGGACUGCUCCCUCACCUGGUUGGACUGCUCCUGCACCUGAAUGGAAGGCCCCAUCACCAACUGCACCCGGGUGGAAGGCUCCAACACCAAGUUGGACUGCUCCCCCACCCGAAUGGACCGCUCCUGCACCAAAUACACCUGAAAGGAAUUCUCCAGCACCAAGCCCGGGUUCGACUGCUCCGACACCAAGUGGCCCCGUAAGUAUUCCUCCCUCUCCGGAACCAAGCGAAAAUGCUCCAGCACCAUCCCCUCGAUCGAGUGGUUCCAGAAAUGUAGGCGUUUCUCAUGGUGUCAUUGUUGCUGUGGCUUUAGUCUUAGCCAACCUUGUUUUUUAGAAUGUUAGUUUACGGGCACUGUUGCUUUUGUUUAUCUUUAAAUUUCUUCUUGCGUUAGUUCUGUUUAGUUAGUUGUGUUCCCUUCAAAAACAUUUUAUUGUAUUUUAUAUUUUGAAUUUGAUAAAAUAAUUUUUUAUGUUA